AUGAUUACCAUAAAUACAGAGUUAUAUAAAAGUUGUGUUUUUGAUAUGAAUUCUAUUGUUCAUCAAUUAGAUGCUUUAAUUGAUAUGACAAAAGAAUAUGGUGAAUAUUAUCAAGGAAGAGGAACUUUAGAAAUAGAAUAUGGAAAGAAAUUAUUAGGACUAACUACAUAUCUUAAUACUCCAUCAUUUGGUAAAGAAGAUCCAAAGAAAUUUCUUCAAACUGGAAUGAAAAAUUAUAUUGAACUCUUAGAUACUUCUAACACUAAAAGAGCUGAAGAAAAAUAUAAUAUAGGAAAAAAAUUUAUUGAAGAAGUAGCUACUCCAUUGUUUUCUCUUGCUAAAGAAAUUGAUACUCAAAAAAAGAAAAUUGUCAAUGAAACAUUUAGAAAAGUUAAAAUAUAUGAAGAUGUUGUUUCUUUUGCUUUAAGGUGUGAAGGUCAUUACCUAAAUGUACUCAAAGAUAUGAAAGAUCUUAUUAAGAAAAUCAAUGAAACAAAUGAUUCAAAACUAGUCCCCAAAUACAAUAAAAUGAAUCAACAAUAUUCCAUUAUAAAAAAAGACUAUGAAAAUUCAGUUACUAAAGCAUCUGAAUGUUAUGAUUUAUUAUAUGGUCAAGAAAUGGUUGAAACAGUAAGACAAUGUUAUGAAUUAAUGACAUAUCAUAAUGAUGAAAUCAUAAAUAUCUUCAAACGUGCUCAUCAAAUCUAUUUGAAUAUUGGAAUCAAUGAAACAGAAUUUAAUUCAAUAACGUCAGAUGGAUUAAAAACAUUAGAUAAUAAGACUGAUGUAAAAGAAUUCUUUGAAAGUAUUAUUGGUCAUAAUGAAAAAUCAAAAAUUAUAUUAAAAACAGAAGAAUUAACUCCUUUACAAGUUGAAGUACCUAAAGAAUCACAAAAGAAAUGGGGAUUUGGAUCGAUUAAAUCAUCCAUUGUUAGUGGAAUGUCAUCACUAACUACAAUGGUAAACGAAUCAAUACAAAACCCACCCACUGGAUUAAGUGCAAACUGGACUAAUCCUGUAUUAACAACACCAAUAUAUUCAUUUGGCAAAAAGAAAGAAUCAAAGAAGGAAAUUCAUGAUUCAAAAGAAGAAGUUAUACAAGAAGUUACUAACAUAAAAGAACAAAAUGAAGUUAAUAAUAUAAAAGAACAAAAUGAAAUAAUUCAAGAAGAAAAACAAAAACAAAAUAAUCAAGAAGAAGGAAAUAUUGUUGUUAUUGAAAAAGAAAUUAAAGUUGAGAGUGAAGUUGUAGCUGAAAUGGUUUCAAAUGAAGCACCUCAAAUAGUUGAAGUAAAAGAAACAAAAAAUGAAAUAAUGAUUCCUGUUAAAGAAGAAGAAAAGAAAGAUGAAAUUGUUUUAGGAAGUACAAGUAUUAUGGAAGGUGUACUAACAAAAGAAGAGAGUGAAGAUAGUGAACUUGUUGUUGUACCUGCAACAGAUAAUGGAUUAAGUAAAGAAGAAGAUAAUGAUGAAGAGGAAGAAGAUGAAGAAUUAUUAGAGGAAGAAGAUGAACCAAUAAAUACUUUUAUUUAA